CGCGGCCAAGGACAAGGUGCGCAAAUGCAGGGACUCGUGGGCCGCUUCGCGCGAACAGUGACGGCCGUGCGACGCGGUCGUCUCGUCAGGUGGUACAGUGGAGGCGGUGACGACGGCGUGGAGGACGUUCAGGCCAGAGAGCUGAUCGACAGACAGCUGAAACUGGCGCCGGCCGGUGGGCAUCAGGUGCUGAUCGUCCAGCCGUACAUAAAGUGGGGCCCCAAAAAGGACAGGAGUACGAAACCGGACGUCAAGUUGGACGAGAGUCGGUCACUGGUGCGCACCCUGGACGAAUGGUCGGUGACGGACACGUUAUUGGUCGGCCUCACGUCGUACCGGAAGCACACGUUUUUCGGUCCCGGCAACGUGGACGCGAUCGCUCUCCGGGUGGCUCGCGACCGCCGCAUCACGGCCGUGUUCGUUAGUGUCAAUGUGCUGAAGCCGAUUCAACACCAGCACCUGGAACACCGUUUCGGCGUGCCUGUUUAUGACCGAUACCUGAUGGUGGUGCAGAUUUUCCGCAGGCAUGCCGUUACUAGGGAGGCCAAGCUGCAGGUGGCCCUGGCCGAGCUGCCGUACAUCUGGUCGCGGAUACGCGGUACCCAGGACGGGUACACAGAGCGGCUGGGCACUGAGGCUGGCCAGAUAGCCCUCAGUGGCAAGCUGAUGUACGACGACAAGAAGGACUUGCUCAAGGCAUACGAGAAGAAGCUCAAAAAGUUGGUAGACAAGCUGAGGAGCCACCGACAACAUCUGCGCUACAAUAGGUCCAACAAGGACUUGCCCGUCGUCGCCAUAGUUGGAUAUACCAAUGCUGGCAAAACGUCACUGGUCAGAGCGUUAACAGGUGAUGCGGGUCUAGUUCCUAAGGACUGCUUAUUUGCUACACUAGACGUAACCGUUCACGGUGGUGUGUUGCCUUGCAACAUGACUGUAUUGUAUAUAGACACCAUAGGUUUCAUAUCGGAUAUACCUACUAGACUCAUUGAACCGUUUGUCGCCACAUUGGAAGAUGCUAUGUUUGCAGAUGUCAUUGUUCAUGUACGGGACAUGUCUCACCCCGAUGUUGUGGCACAAAAGGCUCAUGUAGAGGAGACACUUAAGACCUUAAGUAUCAAUCCAGACUUGUUGAACAAUGUGAUUGAUGUCGGCAACAAAGUUGAUCGUUUAGAGAAUAUUGAGAAUGAUGGAAGUUCGGUAUUAAUAUCUUGUACUACUGGAAAAGGUUUAGACGAGCUCAAAAAAAAAAUAGAAAGACAAAUAAUUAAAACUACUGGUAGACGAAUUAUUAAAAUACGAGUACGCACUGGCCGUGAUGAAUAUGAAUGGUUAAGGACACACACAGCUAUUGUUAAUAUUGAUACAGAUGGUGAUUAUUCUGUAAUGGAGGUUAUUGUUACCCAAUCUGAUUUAGAUGUGUUUAAAAGUUUGUUUAUACGUAAAAAUAUAAACAAUUAAUUGUAUUGUAGAAAAUGUUUUUUAUUA